AUGGAGGAAGACAAAUCUGGGUGGUCCGUUGCGGAGCGUGAAGCCCUGCAGUUUCUGGAGGAGAAGCAACCGAAGUGGCGUCGGAGCUAUUUAGGUCCCAAAACCGAGGGACAAGUACGGGAGACCUUUCAGGCCAUUUCUUCCGCUGCUGGUGGCGAAGCACAGGGACUUAAAGCCAUCGAGAAGAACCUAGCGCUCAUGGUGUUCCUGCCAGAGCAAAUCCAAGCAUCUGCAGAAGCUUUGACAGGAGAGCUUGGCCAAAAGGAGGCACGUGACAUUAUUCAAAAGAAUCCAGGCGUCUUGACAAUUCCGCCGGAUAGCAUCAAGCAGAACAUUGGUGCAAUAGUUCCAUUAUCUAGUGUUGUUGGCUUCUUCUCCGACAACCCUGUCCUUGCCCAAGGACUUUUUGCAGUCCUAGGGGCUGCUUUGAUCUAUGCCGUAGUAGUGGUUGGCGUUGUCAACCCAUUAAUCAAGGCCUACCCGGGUAAUCAGUGA